AUGCUCGAGGACAACUGUGCCAACAACGGUAUUCCCCUGCCUAAUGUCACCAGCAAGAUUUUGGCCAAGGUGAUCGAAUAUUGCAAGAAACGCGUCGAGGCUACGAAAACUGACGAUCAAAGCACCAACGAAGAGCUCAAAUCCUGGGACACCGAUUUUGUCAAGGUUUACCAAACGACUAUCUUCAAUCUCAUUCUAGCUGCGAACUAUUUGAACAUCAAAAGCUUGCUAGAUCUUACAUGCCAAACGGUUGCCGACAAAGAUAUUGGGAUUGAUGAGAAAAUGUUGACGCAGGAUCUAUCUUAG